AUGGUGGUCUAUUCUUUCUACAUAUUCGACAGACAUGCCGAGUGCAUCUAUAGGAGACGAUGGCUGCCUCCGUCCAUCUCCACUACCGGCAAAACCUCAAGACCGUCUUCACAGGCAUAUGUCAACGGCGCUUCUCAACCACGUGCUGCGCUGAGCGCGGAUGAUGAUGCAAAACUCAUCUUUGGCACCGUAUUCUCGUUGCGGAACAUGGUGCGGAAGCUGGGAGGUGAAGAUGAUAGCUUUCUCUCCUAUCGAACGUCUCAAUACAAACUUCACUACUACGAGACACCUACCAAUACCAAGUUCGUCAUGCUCACGGACACCAAGUCGGGAUCCAUGCGGAUAGCGUUGCAGCAAAUCUACGUCAAUUGCUAUGUCGAAUAUGUGGUCAAGAAUCCGUUGUCGCCUGUGGAACAUCCAGGUGGUGUCGGCGUGAAUAACGAGCUGUUCGAAGCCAGUCUGGAACAAUUCGUGGAUCGAGUGCUCAACGCCUCCUGA